AUGGAUUGUAUCGGAUUAUUAAAGAUCAUCAGAGAUUCACAUGGAAACGAAAGAAUACCAAAUUUCGUCGCGUUUACAGAUUCGGAUGAGAUUUUGAUCGGUCAAGAAGCUAAAGAUCAGGUACUAGAUAAUCUUCCCAACACUAUCUUCGAUUUGAAACGUUUAAUUGGUAGAAAAUUCACAGAUCCUACUGUUCAAUCUAGUAUUAAGUUUUGGCCUUUCAAAGUGGUUGCUGGUAAUCAUGAUAAAGCAAUGAUUGUGGUUAGACAUAAGGGAUUUGAAAAAUUGUUUUCUCCUGAAGAGAUUUUGUCAUUGAUUUUGAUGAGAUUGAAAGAUAUAGCUGAAGAAUCUGGUUUAAAAACUGUUACAAAUGUUGUCAUCACUGUUCCGACGUUCUUCAAUGAUUCUCAACGCCAAGCAACCAAAGAUGCGGCUAAACUUGCAGGACUUAAUGUUUUGAGGCUUAUUAAUGAGUCCUCAGCAGUAUUGAAUAGGGAGCUGUUCUAUAGAUGCGAGAAGGCAGUUGAAGAAUGCCUUUAUGUUUCAAAAAUUACUGCAUGUUAUGUUCAAGAAGUUAUUCUAGCUGGUGCUGGUUCACAAUUAAUCAAACCUUUGCUUGAAGAGAUCUUUAAUGGAGAUAGUCGUAUAAGCGAGGGAAUAGAUCCAUACACAGCUGUUGUUCAAGGUGCGGCGAUUGAAGCAGCAAUUUUGAGUGGCUUUGGAGCAGUAGGAAAGUUUGAUGAAUUUUCACCGUCUCGCUUAGCAAUCGAUGAUCCUGACAUCACUUUGGUUCCACGAAACACAAAGAUCCCUGGUAAAUUCUCAACUUGUUUUACGAGUUCUAUUAAUCGCGAAUCUGGAUGUUCAAUUGGAAUUAGUGAGAUUGAGAAUGAAGGUACAGAUUCCAGGGAUUACCACCGUCUCGGUAAAUUUAAUCUUCACACAGUGCCACCUUCUUCAGCAGUUGUACCAUUGGAGUUAGGUUGUUCCGUAGACAUUAACAGGAUCUUCAGUAUUGCACAUGUGAAGGAUAAAAUCUUGAAGCAUAAAGUCACCUGGGGGAGUAAUACUGAAAGGUUUACAGCAGAAGAGAUGGAUGAUAUGUUAAGAACUGCAGAAGAAAUUAGAACUGCGGGUAACCAGGUGAAGCGGGGGAAACAAGUUAAGAGACUACUGGAAAUGUUUGUGCAUGAAUUUUUUCCUGAGCAUGGUAGCAGUGUGCUUUGCAAAAAUUUGGAUCCAGGUGCAUUGAGAAAGAUUCAGGAGGUGGCUGGCUGGUUACUAGCAAGAAGUAAACAAGUGUUAUAA